GCUGCGGCGUCGCGGGACGGCCGUCGGCGCGCGUCUGCGGCGGCUGUCGGUGGGCUCGGCGCGGGGCCGGCCGCACCAUGGCGACCCCCGUCAGCACGCAGCGCGGGCCGGUGUACGUCGGGGAGCUGCCCCAGGACUUCCUGCGCAUCACGCCCACGCAACAGCAGCAGCAGAUCCAGCUGGACGCACAGGCCGCGCAGCAGCUGCAGUACGGAGGGGCCCUGGGCACCGUGGGCCGCCUCAGCAUCACCGUGGUGCAGGCCAAGCUGGCGAAGAACUAUGGCAUGACCCGCAUGGACCCCUAUUGCCGCCUGCGCCUGGGCUACGCCGUGUACGAGACACCCACGGCCCACAACGGCGCCAAGAACCCGCGCUGGAACAAGGUCAUCCAGUGCACCGUGCCCCCGGGCGUGGACUCCUUCUACCUGGAGAUCUUUGACGAGCGGGCCUUCUCCAUGGAUGACCGCAUCGCCUGGACGCACGUGACGAUCCCUGAGGCACUGAAGCAGGGCAAGGUCGUGGACGAGUGGUACAGCCUGAGCGGGCGGCAGGGCGACGACAAGGAGGGGAUGAUCAACCUGGUGCUGUCGUACACGUCGCUGCCGGCUGCCAUGAUGAUGCCGCCUCAACCCGUGGUCCUGAUGCCCACCGUGUACCAGCAGGGUGUGGGCUACGUGCCCAUCACAGGGAUGCCCGCCGUGUGCAGCCCCGGCGUGGUGCCCGUGGCGCUGCCCCCAGCCGUGAGCGCCCAGCCCCGCUGCCGCGAGGAGGACCUGAAGGCCAUCCAGGACAUGUUCCCCAACAUGGACCGGGAGGUGAUCCGCUCCGUGCUGGAGGCCCAGCGGGGCAGCAGGGACGCAGCCAUCAACUCCCUGCUCCAGAUGGGCGAGGAGUCUUAGACAUGCCCGCCGUCUCGCCGCCUGCCCGCCCGCCCAGCUGCCCCGAGCACUGUCCCCAGCAGAUCCCCGUGAACACGCCCCGCGUAGCCCCUUCCUCGGACGUUCGUGUUGCCGUCCUCGCCCUCGUUGGGAUGCAUGUGGUUUUGGUUCUUGGAGCCGUUCUCCACGUGGUCGGGGCGGGUGGGGUGGCUCUCCUCUCGCUUUCUGAAGGGUGGAGGCGGCGCGUCCCUUGCACACGCCCACUUCCUGCCGGCCGUCCUCCCGGGAGGCUCUCCUGGGAGCAGCUCCCCCGCAGGGCCUCGGUGCUGGGCCCCUUCUGGGUUGACAGGUGGUGUCUCAUGAUGCCACCUGCCUGGGUAGACACACUAACGUGAGGCACAGAGAACCCACUAACAGCUGCUAUGGGUCGUGUUAGGGCUUCAGGACAAGAAGCUCCGCUCCUCCCCGUGGUGGUCUCCCUGGGCGCCUCGCUGGGGUCGGGUGGACCUUGCCUCGGGGCCCAGCCUGGCGUCUGCAGCCACGUCCUGAGCCCGAGGCCCCGUAGUCUUUCCUGCUGCCUCGCCCUCCAUGCCAUGUUGUCCCGAGGGGUCGCCGCCCCCAGACGCGCUCUGACUGCAGAGCUCGGUGAGGUGGGUGUUGGGAGCAGACCCAGUCCUCGUCCUCGUCUAUCAGAGGUCUCUGUGAACUCUCAGCUCACUGCCGACCUUGUGUAGGAAGCUGGGCCCCAGGCUGGGUCAGCACAGUGACCGCCGGCACUGGGAGGUCUUCCCGAGGGGCAAGAGGCAAUCUGCGGUGUGGGCGGCAUCCUGCCGCCUCCGGCCGUGGACACCGAGGAUGGGGCCAGCUGGGUGGAGCCCCAUGGAAAUGAGAACACGGUGCGGCCAGCCACGGUUGCCGCUCUGCUUGGAGGCCUUGCCCGGCCUCUGGACAUGGAGACAGACCCCACCCCGAGGCAGUGAGGACUCAGACAGACCCCAGUCCUGUCCCCAACGUAGGCUUAGCGUGAAGCUGGCCAGCGGUCAAGCCAACCAGACCCCUCCUGUGGCGGCCCGGUGGCAGGGAGGCUUGCGAGGGGGGUUCAGACCACCGGUGCCUUUGCCGCAGGCGCUCGGUAGAUGCGUGAGACCAGCGGCUGCACAGCCGCACGCUGUCUGCAGCAGGGUGACCACACAGCGCAACUCUGAUGGCUGACCCCAGCCCGGGCGGCCCCAUGCUGCCUCCUCACCACCGCCUCCCCCUGCCUGGGCCUCCGAGGACAGGAGACUUGGCUUCAGGGUGGGUGAGACCUGCCAGCUCGGGGUCCUUUGUCGCGGACGCCUGCUGCUGCACUGGGUCAGAGGAGGGCGCAUCUGUGGGGCCUCGAGACGUCCGGUGGCCCUGCUGUCCCUGCUGCUCUGCUCACGUCCGUGCUCGCAUCCAGGCCACCCCUCGGGGGACACUCAGCACGGCGCCUGUGGCUGCCGGGCCCAGGACUGGGGCGCCUGGGGCAGGUCGUUGUUGCUUGGUGUCGGAGAGGAGAGGCGUGUACAGCAGGCUCCCCACCCGACUCCCGUUUCAGGAGCCCUGCCGGGUGUUGACAGAAAUGGUCCUUGGAGCUUUGCGUUUCAGAUCAUUCUGUUGGGGUCCAGGGUCCAGAUUCCUCUUUGAUUGUAAGAUAUGUUUGUACCUUUCAGCCUUCUAACUUAAUAAAUGAUCUAUGUAAAAAC